GAGAUAAUACCUACAUCGCCAGCAUCUGCAGCCAGCCCAGCACCGUAUAUUGAAGCUUUAAUUGUGCGAUCAUGGAUGUCUUUGAAUUAAUCUAGUACUUAUAAACUUAUGUUGCCUCAUUGAACCCUUAAUUAUUGGCCGCCAAGAAAUGCCAUGCAGGAAAUUCCAUAGAAAUUCGCACCAUGGCUGUAUUCAGUGUAAGUCAAGGCGGGUGAAGUGUGACCAAGAGCAGCCAACAUGCGCAAGAUGUCGAAGCAAAGGACGAGCCUGCACUUACAGGCAUCUUACAUCGUCGUACAAUCCAUUUGGGGGUCAUGACAUUGCUGACACGACUUCCCUGCGAUCACCAUCAGCGCCGCUGUCGUCACACACGGCUUUGACCUCAACUCAAGCUGCUUCAUCUCCGGCAUUGACAAUUCUCCCACUAUACAAGACCCCACUAGCAUUAGAUCCUAUAACGGAGCAACUGAUAUACCACUAUGACGCCGAAGUUUCAUCUAUUUUCACUUCACCCGACGUCCAAGUAGAAGUGCUAUCAUGUUUACAUGAUGCCGUAGCUCGCCAUUCAUUUGAGUAUCCCUAUGUAUACCAUGCUAUGUUGACGGUUUCGGCACUCCAUCUUGUCUCUCAUGCACGUACCUUGGAGGCCGCCUCUCAGACCCGUUCGCCACAUCUAGUUACGGCCUUAUCACAUAAAGCAUCCGCGUUGGAAACGCUCAGAUCAACAGUCAAUUCAAUAACCCCUAUAACUUGUGAACCAGCAUUGAUAGCCUCGGGUCUCCUUACAGUAUGCGCUUUCGCCUCGCUUCGCGCUGGCGUGGUCACAGAUACCAUUGAUCUGCUCGCCCAAAUCAUGACUUUAUACAGAGGAUCAGUAGCCAUCUUCCGACUUGGCAGGCUAGUUCUCUGUGCCGUUCCAGGCGCUACAAUACCUGCAUUGAGGCAAUCCGUCCUCAGCGCCACAGCAGGAGAGAAAUCGUGGCCAAGCGCCGAAGCAGCAGUUAACAAAGUGUUGGCUCGGAUUUCAGAGCUUGGCGAUGAUUACGACGAUGCCAAGCAAAGGAAACAGUCUCUGCUCGAUGCGGGAUUCAAGCUGAAGACGGCUUUAAGACGUGCCGCCGGAGCGAUAGGCAAUUACAACGUGGCUUGCAUGUGGCUUGCGAUGGUCCAUCCUACGUUCAACGAGAGCAUCGUUGCCCGGGAUCCUCUAGGACUCAUCCUCGUUUCUCAUUGGGUGGUCACUUUAAAAUACGUGAAGCAUCUCUGGUGGGUCCAGGGCUGGCCCGAACAAAUUGCUCAGGCCGUGUGGCAAGAAGUCGGGGAACGACAUCCAGACUUGAUGCAGUGGGUCUUCGAGGAAAUCAACAAAAAAUCGGAGGAUGAACUUGAUGGAUACCUAAUCCUCAAGGGGAGCUGACCCCCCAUUUUAUUCAAGAUGCUGGUUUUCAGUAGUAAACCAGCCAUCCAGGAAAACCCCGUCGGACCCGUCGGGCACCCAAGCUGAGUCCUACACCUACCUACCUAGGUACGCAAAAAGCAAUACGCUGCAAAUGAAAUGAGUGGUGGUCGCACAACAGCGUCAAUCCCCCCCCCCUCUUCCUCCAGCCACCGGAUAGGGGAUGGCUUUGCCGCGCUCGACGCUCGCAGAUUCAGGUACUCCCACGGAAUAUCGCAACCAAGGAAAUUCUUAUCUUUUUCGCGUACAAGAUAGCGCUAGACUAUACCGAUCCACCUAUUCUUAGAGA